AUGCCCAUAGUGGAGUUUGCUUAUAACAAUAGCUACCAUGCGAGCAUUGGAAUGGCUUCGUAUGAAGCUUUGUAUGGAAGGAAAUGUCAAUCUCCCUUAUGUUGGUAUGAAGCCGGAGAAAGGAGCUUGUUAGGACCUGAAAUGAUAGCUGAAACCACUGAGCAAAUAAAGAAAAUCCAUAGCCGAAUGCUUAUAGCUCAAAGCCGUCAGAAGAGCUAUGCUGACCAAAGGCGGAAGUCUUUGGAACUUGAGGAAGGAGAACACGUCUUCCUGAAGAUUAUUCCAACCACCGGAAAAGGGAGAUCCAUUAAGACUAAAAAUUUAAAUCCUGGUUACAUUGGACCAUUUGAGAUCCUGAAGAGAAUUGGAUUAGUGGCAUAUAGGAUCGCUUUACCACCACAUCUUUCGAACCUGCAUGACGUGUUUCACGUAUUACAGCUUUGUAAUUACACUUUUGACCCGAGUCAUGUCCUAGAACUAGAAUUCGUUCGAGUAAGAGAAGAUCUGACGCUUCCGGUAACUCCAGUCAGGAUUGAUGAUACCAGCAUCAAGCAUUUACGCGGAAAAGAAGUUUCUAUGGUAAAAGUAGCGUGGACUCGAGCUGCUAUUGAAGAGUAA